GAGAUCAAAGCCAGGUCAGUUGCUUGCAAAACAAGCACCCUAUCCACUAGACUGUUGCUCUGGCCCCCUGGCAUUCACAGCAUUCUUCUAGACAUUGCUCAGACCUGUCCUGCUCUCUCUAGCCUGGCCUGAUUAUGGUGAUGUCAUUACCCCCUACCCUGUUCUAGGACUAUAAAUUUCAGGAAUCAGCUUUAUUUCAGAAAGGAGCAGCAGGGCAUAACAUCCAGCCUGUUGUCUGCUCACUUCAGACACAGUGAAGAAGGAAACUCACCUGUGCCUGAAGCCAGGAGUGAAACCAGGGAAGAUUUCAGGAGCAAACAGAGUCGUGGUGGCCAUGUUCCGAGCAGAGACCUGGUUCCGGGCCCAACGGUACCUGUCUGCCACUGUACAGAGGAAUAGCUGCUGGAGAAACCCGAAGGGCUGCCUGGCUGAUCGUGUGGCCGUGGUCACAGGCUCCACCAGUGGGAUCGGCCUGGCUGUGGCCCGACGUCUGGCCCAGGACGGGGCCCACGUGGUGGUCAGCAGCCGGAAGCAGCAGAAUGUGGACCGCACUGUGGCCAUGUUGCAGGGUGAGGGGCUGAGCGUGUCCGGCACCGUGUGCCAUGUGGGGAAGGCCGAGGACCGUGAGAGACUGGUGGCAAAGGCUUUGGAGCACUGUGGGGCUGUAGACUUCCUGGUGUGCACUGCAGGGGUCAACCCCCUGGUAGGGAGCACUCUGGAAAGCAGUGAGCAGGUGUGGGACAAGAUUCUGGACAUCAAUGUGAAGUCCCCGGCUCUGCUGUUGAGCUUGCUGCUGCCCCAUAUGGAGAAGAGGGGGAGUGGAGUCGUCAUCCUGGUGUCUUCCAUUUCAGCCUACACACCAAUAGUGGAUCUGGGUGUCUACAACAUCAGCAAAACAGCUCUGCUGGGUCUCACCAGGACACUGGCGCUGGAACUGUCCCCAAAACACAUUCGGGUGAACUGCCUGGUUCCAGGCAUGAUCAAUACUGAGUUCAGCAAAGCGUUCCAAGGGUAUGAGGAUUCUGCCUGGGACCAGCUCAAGAAAACCAACAAGAUCCAGAGGAUCGGGCAGCCUGAAGACUGUGCAGGCAUCGCGUCGUUUUUGUGCUCCCCAGAAGCCAGCUACAUCACUGGCCAGAACAUCGUGGUGGCCGGCUAUUCCCCUAACCUCUGAAGAGGCUGGGUUUAGGGUGUGGGCAGGGGUGCAGACCUAUGGCUUUUAGCUAGUAGUUUCAGGCUGGCUGGGCUAGAUUCUGGGCACAAAGGCCUGGGAAGUGGCUCAAAAGUUGGCUCAGGCUUUGUAUUUAGGAGUUUUGUAUAUGACUGAGUUUGAUCCUUGAUACCACUUGGUGCCCCAAACUUCCCCUGGAGUAACCUGCAAACACGGUGGUAGGAACCACUGAGCACUGCAGGAUUUGCUCUCUUUAUUCCCUUGCCCCCUGCACUCCACAAAAUCUAUGGAAAGAAGGCCAGGGAAAUGGCCUAAAGGGUUGUGGUUGGUGGGGAUGUAGGUUUGUGCAAGAGCACUUGCUCUGCACGUGUGUAUCCCAAGCACUGUGAAAAAAUUAAAAAGCCAAAA